CAAUUUGACAUUGUCAAAUGAAAUCCUAACCUCAUUGCUAACGAAACAAAAUUUUUUAAAUCACCGAAGAUCAAAAAUGAAACUAUCACGAGUAUUAAAUCGACAACACAUAGAUUUUAUGUUUAAAAAACAUUGGUUAGUGCAAGGAAAGCGUGUUCCAAUUGACACUGGUGCGGAGAAUGUUCUUAGGGAAAAGGGUAUUCCCGUUGAAGAUGCACUUGAAUUUAUCAAAGAAAAACCAGGACCACGAGAGAGAGUAAAUAUUGUUGGACCAUAUGAACCUCAACUACCAUUAGACGAGACACACCCAGAUUACAAGACAAGACCCUGCCUUACACUCACCAACAAAGAUGUCUUACUCGAAGGCAUUGCUCAAGCUCAAGUAUUAACAAAAACUAUAAUAGCAAAGAACAAACUACCAAAUAAAAUUGAAGAAUUGGCUGAAAUAACUAUACCUAAAGCUGUUCAUGAAGGAGUCAAAAAAGCAAUUUUAUCAUCCAAUGUGUUUGAUUGUGAACAAGAAAAGCUACCCAAGAUUAAAGACCCUGUCAGACCAGCUUAUAACUUCCCUAGAAUCUUGGGGAUUACAGAUCGGAGACGCAACCAAAUAAUUACCAACAAACUGUUGCAACUCAUUGAAAGAUGUAGUGAUUUUGAACUCACUCAGACAAGAUAUACAUUGAAUGAUGUGCAAUGUAAAACUGUAUUUGAUAAAGAUGAUGACUUGAUACAAUUUCAAGAUGUAUCCAACAUAUUGGUAACAAGUAAUAUUCCAUUGAAACAUGAUAUGAAUGAGAAGGACAUCCCAUUUGUUGAAAUACCAGACCUGUAUCCUGUAAAGCACACUGUCACAUUGCCUCCAGAACAUUUUUAUGAUGAAAAAAGCAUAUUUCCUAUUCAAUUAAAUGUAAGUAGGAAACAUCCGCACACCACAUGGCUGCAUUUCAACAGAACUGAAGUGAACAAUAUUUAUGAAACACCAGUGACAGACUCACAGAUAUAUGGCAGAGCACUCACACAUGCAUUCACCGUGGCUUCAGCAUAUGCAAAAGAGUUGCAUGGGGAAGAAGUUCAAGACUUGCCGGAACCGAUAUACGUGAACUGCAUACAAACAGACGGACAGAAAUAUCAUUUUGGUGUUUUUGAACUGAACACAUUAAAUGUUGACGGUGUUGAAGGUACAAAGAAUGUGUGGUAUUGCAAAAAUGAUGUGAAACUUUACGAUAGGAGUUGUUAUUUCAAUGGAAUGCCAGUCUUAGAAAACUACAACCCUAAGAUAUAUGGAUAUAUUAAUGCUUUUUACAACUGCUGAAAUGUAGUCCAAAAUGUAGUAU